UUGUGCUCAUCAUCACUUUGCUUAUCAUUGUACAAGGUUCUAACUUUUGUGGACCCCCCUAAGCUCAUCAACUGGAUUUGGAAUUCUUAUUUGCAAAUGAAUCUGGAGAAGAAGAGGGCCGUAAAAUUCAAGUGGAUCAGGAUGCUACUUCUUCUUCCUUGUCUCCCUUUUAAAAUGGCUCUUUUUUUAUUCUGCAUUUGUUCUCUCUCUCUUCCUCCUUCCUUCCCUCUCUACCUCCCUCCCUCCCUCCCUCCCUCAGUGUGACCAUUGCAUUUCCCCUCAUCCGUCCUCUCACUCAGCCGCAGUCCACCAUGCCCAAAGCGUUCCUGCUGCUGUCUGCGGCCCUGGUGCUCCUCGGGCCUGUGCAUGGAGCCACACUGAGAAACCAAGACACAUGGAAGCCACUCAGCAACCCCAGGAACCGAGACCUGUUUUUCAGAACCCUUCAGGCGUAUUUUAAGGGAAGAGGUCUUGACCUUGAAAGGUUUCCAAAUACUUUCUCCACAAAUGAGACCCCCAGACCCCUCUCUGUGCAGUCAGAGCUCAUCGCCUCUGCCUUUGCCGAGUUCCAAGAGCGGAGAAACCCCUUUCCCCGCGGCCUCCAAGGCUGACGGCUUCUCCUGAGAGCAGGUAUCUGGCUAUUUUUACACCACAGAUGAAGCCGCUCAUCAGAAAAAGUCAAUCAUGGUCAUUGUUAACCCCCUUCCCUGCCCCCACUUUUGUCAGUUUGUAAUGGUUUUAUUCUGUAUUUCCAGAUUUACAUAUAAACAGCCUGACCUUUGGGACCUCUGUGACUUAUGUGCAUACUUUGCUGUUUUUUCCACUUUAUAACCAUAAAUGUCAAUGUAGAGCACCGCAUAUAAUUGCAAGUUAUCAAAGCACCCUCAAGUCAGG